AUGCAAAAAUAUCUUCUCGAGACACCACUUCGUGGCCUGAUUCCCAUUUUAACAUGCGUGCAACAGUUCUCACUGCCCGUCUCCGCUUCUCCGCCUCUGCCCCACCUCCACCCGGCCAAAUCCCACUUCAGCCCAGCCCUCUGCUGGCGCAUAGACACACAUAGUGUUGCAAGCGAACAUGCUUCAUCCCCACCACUCCACACACGCAUAUAUAUAUAUGUACAUGGACACAUACAGGUGAGCAAAAGGAGGCAGAACAGGGAGACAGAUCAUACCCUACCAACCGGUUGCCUGCGCCUCCGACUCUACCUUUGUCGCUCGCAUCAGUCUUCCCGCCUAACACUAAAUAGGCUAGAUCCGCUGAUUAUAAGUCCGCCAUGCACUCGCGACCACGCGUUCACGACCCGUGUCUACCGUCCAUCUGGAGCCCCGGUUCCCAGACGCCUCGGUUCCCAUCUCCUCCCAGCCCUGGACAGCCUGUUGCCUCUUGAGCCCUGCCCUGGGCUCUCUGUCUCCCUCCGCCUCCCAUGCCUCGCCUGCACCCUCAUUCAAGCAUCAAUCCAUUCCAUUUUGUUGUAUCCCAUUCUCACCUUGGCUGUCUUGCCAAGACUCGCCACCAUUAGUUGUGAGGAGGGGGACCAAGGCGAAAACAACGAAAUGUCGCCUCUAAUAGACUAG